UUCCUCCCCUCCGUAAUAAUUCUUAAAUUAGGGUUUUCUUCCGGCAGCUUUCUCUUCUCUCUCGCCUUUCAGGUUAGAUUGGCAGCAUAAAAAAUUACACUUGCAAUUCUGAACAGUGUGUGUUCGGAGAUCUAACAUGGAGCUGAAGUUGUCUUAUCAGAGAUUCUAUGUGUAGCUACUUCUUUUGCUAUUCUAACAAAAUUGGUAUAACUUAUGGCACACCCUUCUUAUCUUUCUUGUUGCCAUGAUUUUAACCCCUCUUUGCAUCUAACCAAGGCCUAUGAUUAUCAUGUUUCUUUGUUUGUUUCCGCUCUCAGGGUCAUUCAUAUCUAUCUUUCUCAAAUUUUUCUCAGUUUUUGUUUGAGCAUUCAUCACCCUCUUCUCUCUUUCUCUUGUCUUUUGUUUGAUAACUACUUUGGGAUUCCUUUUUUUUUGUUAGCCGCAUGAUGGCAGAGAGUCAAUUCGAACUUCUUAUUCUUCAUUUCUAUCAACCUCUUAUUGUUUCUUUUCAAACCUUUCCCCAAUUCUAUUCUCUCUCCCCAAUUGCUUCUUGCUUCUGUGUCUCCUCCACAGUUGCAGCGCAAGUGUUGUUCUUUUCUAGAUACUUAAGAUGUCGAGGACGAGGACUGCUGCUUCAGAGACUCAAGAUUCGAUGGAAUCCGAGGAGAGGGUAGACCUUGAUGGUGAGGAGACUCUGGAGGAGGAAGUUGAAUACGAAGAAGUUGAAGAGGAGGAGGAGAUUGAAGAGAUAGUAGAAGAGAUUGAAGAGGAGGUGGAAGAAGAAGAGGAGGAGGAUGAUGCUGCCGCCAUGGAAGAGGAAGAGGAAAAGAAAAGGCACGAUGAACUCCUUUCACUUCCUCCGCAUGGUUCAGAGGUUUAUCUUGGAGGAAUUCCUACUGAUGCUUCUGAAGGGGACUUAAAGGGCUUCUGUGAAUCAAUAGGCCAAGUUACCGAGGUUAGGAUAAUGAGGGAAAAAGAGUCUGGUGAUGGAAAGGGAUACGCAUUUGUAACAUUCAGAAACAAGGACUUAGCAUCUGAAGCAAUCGAGAAUCUAAAUAACACUGAGUUUAAGGGUAAAAGGAUAAAAUGUUCGACUACCCAAGCCAAGCACCGUCUGUUUCUUGGUAAUGUUCCUAGAAAUUGGACAGAGUCAGACAUUAAGAAAACAGCAAAUGGUAUUGGUCCAGGCGUUCAAAUUGUCGAACUUCCCAAGGAUCCACAAAAUAUGGGCCGGAAUCGUGGAUUUGCUUUCAUUGAGUAUUACAACCAUGCAUGUGCUGAAUACUCGAAACAGAAAAUGUCAAAUCCGAGUUUCAAGCUUGAUGAUAACGCCCCAACUGUAAGCUGGGCUGAGUCAAGGAGUGGUGGAGACUCUUCUGCUUCGCAGGUCAAGGCAUUGUACAUCAAGAACUUGCCUAGAGAUAUAACACAAGAACGUCUUAAGGCGUUAUUCGAACAUCAUGGGAAAAUACUGAAAGUGGUGAUUCCACCAGCAAAACCAGGGAAGGAAGACAGUAGAUACGGUUUUGUGCACUACGCAGAUAGGACAAGCGUCAUGAGAGCUUUGAAAAACACUGAAAGAUAUGAGAUUGAUGGUCACAUGUUGGAUUGUACACUUGCAAAGCCUCAAGCGGAUCAAAAGGCGAAUACUACAACAGUUCAGAAUAUGCAGAAAUCACAGUUGCAACCAAACUAUCCUCCUCUUCUUAGUUAUGGCAUGGCUCCUAGUCCCUUUGGUGCUCUUGGUGGAUUUGGAGCUUCUGCUUACUCACAACCGUUAAUGCAUGCGGGAGGUCAUGCAGCUGGUGGCAUGUCGAUGAUGCCAAUAAUGUUACCCGAUGGAAGAAUCGGAUACGUCUUGCAACAGCCUGGACUAGCGGCUAUGCCGCAGCCACCACCAAGGCCUUCACCACCGUAUAGAGGAGGCGGUUCGAGCAGCAGCAGCAAACGAAGUAGCGACAAUGGUAGAGGACGAAGCCGUUACAAUCCUUACUAGUUUUGGGGAUAUUGAGUAAUUUUCAUCAUUCUCUUCUUUCUUUUAUUUGCAAAAACACCCCAGCCACAUCACCAAGACCCAAAAAAUGUCAUUUAUAACCAUUUUGUUUGGUUAUCUGAUCAUUUAUUUCACUUUUUAAGAUUUUGUUGGCGGAAAUGGGGGUCGUUUGACUUCUUAAUUAAAGUUGUGUUCCGGUUUUGUAUAUUUGGUUAGUUGAAUGCCUUCGUUUCC